UAAACACCAUUCCACAUUCAAGUCCAGCUCCAUACAACACCAACUCAAUCUAGAAGCAAGUAUACCUGUCAAUCUCGCCCAACAUGCUGCUUCUAGAUUACCAAAACGUUUUAAUAGAGUCUAUACUCAAGGAGAGACUCUACGGAGCGCCCCCUACUUCUAUCGACCAGACGGUUUCCGACUUCGACGGCGUUAUCUUCCAUAUAUCGACCCCCGAAGCUAAGACUAGGAUCCAAGUAUCCAUCCAAAUCCGAUGUUUCAAGGAGCUUGUUCAAUAUGGCGCUGAGCAGGUCCUUCAACGUGAAUACGGACAAUAUGUUGUAGCUCCAGAGAUCGGCUAUGACUUCUCGGUUAUGGUGGAUCUGGAUAACCUCCCAGCAGAAAAGGAGGAACGAGACGAACUAGUUAAGAAGAUCUCCUUACUAAAACGAAAUGCAAUGGCCGCCCCAUUCGAGCACGCCUACGCAGAACACUACAAACUCAAGGAGGCUGCCUCGAAGUACACGUCGGAAGAAGCACCACAAGGUGUCCGGGAAGGCGGUGAUGUUAUGGCUAUCCACUACCGCGACGAGGAAGCUAUCUACGUCAAGGCAAGUCACGAUCGUGUAACUGUCAUCUUCAGCACCAUCUUCCGGGAAGAGACAGACCGAGUAUUCGGGAAGGUUUUCAUCCAAGAGUUCGUCGAUGCCCGAAGGAGAGCCAUCCAGAAUGCACCCCAAGUUCUGUUCAGGAAUGAUCCGCCACUGGAAUUGCAAGAUGUUCCCGGUGUACAGGCCACUUCCGGUUCAGAGGUUGGAUAUGUUACCUUUGUUUUGUUCCCGCGACACUUGACGCCCCAGCGAAUGCCUGAUGUCAUCUCCCACAUCCAGACCUUCCGAGACUACUUCCAUUACCACAUCAAAGCGUCUAAGGCAUACAUUCACUCUCGUAUGAGAAGGCGGACGGCAGAUUUCCUCCAAGUACUCCGAAGAGCAAGACCAGAGAACGAAGAAAAGGAGAGAAAGACAGCGAGUGGAAGGACAUUCAAAGUCCAGGCUUAGGACAGCAAUGCCUAGAACGAGUUUUUUGAGAUAUAUUGGCGACAACGGACUCAGUACCCUCCACGUAUGCAAAUCACGAACAAUACCAAGACGAAUUGACCAAAAUGCCAUCCAAAUAAUACAUUAUUCAGUUCUAAAGCUGCCUUUUUGGAAUGCGUAAUGAUGAAAAUAUCGAAACUAAUAUGAACAGUCUUGAUUAAAUCCAAGCUUCAUCCUCUGCCGUUAGCAAGUACAAUAUUUCAACCCAGGUUGAAAUGCUUGUUCUCCUAUUUUCUCGUCUAGUAAAACCAAGGCCCCCCUAUUCGAAUAUUGCAUGCGAACAGUCUAUAUUCACUAUCGGUUGCGAGGUCGGGUCUUAAUUGCUAUCAUGGAUAGUCGGGUUUCGACCGUUUUCCAUGAGGUGUCUCCUUAUUUGUUUUUCUGGUCAAACUUAACUACCGCGGAGCUCACUGAUUCUCGCAAUAGAUGGUCUAUCUCGAAUUUAAACCAGUAUGUUGACUCAUGUAAAUGGGAUAGGGGUGAUUAAAUGAUGGAAGAGUAAAGGUAGGUUACUCGGGGUCUAGUAUAUUAUAAAUGCUUUGAUUAUUAGUACGACUUCCAUUCGCA